UCUACGACACACAACUACACAUUACUGCUGACGUCAAAGUUACAGCAAUAGCUAGAGAAGCCCGGGAGGGUCACAUCACCGCUCACACCAAGAGAAACGUCUCUGAUUUUGGUGGCGUUGUGUGACUAAAACACGAAAACAUGGUCAGAAAAUUAAAAUACCACGAGCAGAAACUGCUUAAAAAAGUAGACUUUAUUUUGUGGGAAGCUGACAAUAAUUUACACGAGGUCAAAGUUCUGAAACGUUAUCAGAUACAGAAAAGAGAAGAUUACACCAAAUACAAUAAAUUGUCACGUCAGAUUCGAGAAUUGGCUAGAAAAAUCAACGAGAUCGAUGCAAACCAUCCAUUUAGAAUAGAGCAAAGUGCUCAGCUGUUAGAGAAGCUCUAUAUGAUGGGACUCAUUCCUUCUAAAUGGGAUUUGUCUCUCUGUGAAAAAGUUACAGCCAGCUGUUUUUGUAGAAGAAGAUUACCUGCUGUCAUGGUUCGCAAUAAAAUGAGCGAAACAAUAAAAAUGGCAACAAAACUUAUCGAGCAAGCUCAUGUGCGAGUUGGAACAGAGCUUGUGAAGGACCCAGCCUUCCUAGUAACAAGGAAUAUGGAAGACUUUGUGACGUGGGUUGACACCUCAGCAAUCAGGAAACAUGUAUUAGAAUACAAUGACAUGAGAGACGACUUUGAGGGCAUUUGAAUGACCAACAUUUAUACCGGAUAUUGGAUGAGAAAAAAUGUAUAUUUACUGAUUUUGUAAGGUCACCCGCUUUCUUGUAUUACAGCCGUAGAAAAUGUUAUCAUUAACAUUGUUUAUUGAAAAAACUGGAUUAUCUUCCACUUUCACAGGUCUUGAUGAUUGGUUUGUCUUGUCUGAAAUGGUAUUGUAAGGUAAUCCUGUAUACAUAUUGGUUGAAGAUGCAUUGUGUGACGACACAGAAGGUUUAUCAUGUGAAUAAAAUAUUGCUCUAUUAUUAA